AUGAGUUCCGAUUCUACACAUUUUUGUUCACUUGAUAAUGUUGUUAACGGCAAUUCUGAUAUAUGUGCUGUCGAUCUAAGUAAUCCUGAAGCCAAGUACGCCAAAUCCCAUAUUUCUUCUUCCAUUUCAUCCUCCGUUACUUCACCAUUUACUUCUCCUGACUCAAUAAAACUUUUGUCCGAAACAUUGGUCAACCCUAUUACUCAAAAUAACAAUGAUUCUCAUCCUGAUAAGAACUUUAAUUCUGAUUGCUAUUGCCCAUUUCCUGUUACUCCAACCACAGAAAUUAAAGUCAGCCAUUUGAAUAAUAAUGAUACUCACAAAUCGUCAUGUGAUAAUGAUGGUACUGCUCUGCUAGCUUUACCAUUGAUCUCUCCAGCAAAAAAUAAAAGCACUCCAUUAACGGGAAAUGCAAUAAGUUUACCUAUAAAUACAUCGAUGCUUCGAACGGUAAACGGAACGAAACUAAAGAAAUCAAAAAAAUCGACGCCGGCAAACCAUUCAAAAUCUCCGAGUAAUGUCAUAAAAAAGUCUAACUUUCGUGGAACCAGCGAGGAAGAGAAUGAAGUGGAUCCUAAUUUUAAGCCGCCAGAAAUCGAUGUAAGUUCCGAAAAGUAUUCCGUAUUUACUUUUAUUAUGCAUUAA